AAGCGCCAAGAAAAUUGCAAGUGACUUUGGAGUGACAUGUGUAAAAGCUUCCUUAUUUAUUCAAUAGUAUAGAAUGCUUAUUAUUGAUAAACGACAUAUUUGUCUCGGUUUCUUUGGAACGCUGGCUUUCAAAAGUUUUCAAAUGUGAUGAUAACCAGAUGAUUCACGUAAAACACAGAAAAGACUUCUGUCAUCAGUAUGAACCCGGAACCCGGCCUGAAAAGGGAAUGAAAGCGAUUUCAUAGCAUAUUUCAAACAAGCAAAUAACAAUAUGACGGAGAUCUUGUAUCGUUGGCUUGACGAGGAGCUACGAAUACCUGUUGCGAGGGAUGCCGACACAUUUCUACAGCAGUUCAGCAAUGGACAACUUAUUGGGAAAGUACUGCAUGUUGAAGGAGUUCUCCCCGACAAGAAGUUCGACCAGCUUCGUACCAACGAUCUGUAUGAAGACAGGCUGCACAACUUCCUUGUGAUAGGUCCGUACAUGAAGUCGCUGGGAGUCAACCUAUCCGUCCGACAAGCCCGAGACAUUCUAUCCGACAAGCCGGGAAGUCUCACAUACCUGAUCUAUCAGGUAUAUCUUGCGCUGCACAAGCCGAGGGACCACCUGCGGCAGCCGUCACCGGAACCUCUGCCGGACGCCUACAAGGAGCGACUGCGCGAGUCGGCGCGACCUGACCUGCGCGACUCGGGAGUCACCAGCCUGGGACUCACCUGCCAGUGCUACGGGCGAGAUGUGACUCAGACGAGGAUCACUGAAGGCCACCUGGUCAAAGAAUGUCAACAAAGGAUCACGAAGGAGGGAGUGAGGAAGAAGGAGAGGGCGAAGGAUAUCAAACAACAGAUGACAGAGGAAUACAUGAAAGGAGACUCGGCGAAGCUGUGGGGCCGCUCGUUCCGCAGUACAGUCCGCUCAGCCGCCCGCCGGGAGAAGGACAGACAGAAGGCCGAGGCGGCCGCCGUGCGACAGCAGAUCGAGCACUUUGACAACACGGCCGACCUGCGCCGCAGCAAGUACGAGGACGUCCGAAAUGCCGAGUUUCUGCAGACAACUGUCACCCCGGACAUGAUUCCCGAGGCUCUGGUGAACACCGAGGCCAACCAGCAGUUCGUGCACAAGCUGCGUAACCAGCUAGAUCGCGACACGCGGGCGCGAUUCGACCGCGAGAAGCGGCGGAAGCAGAUGUACCUGGCUCUGCGGGACCAGCAGCGGCAGCAGGAGGAGGAGCAGCGCGAGCUGGACCUGGUGCGGCGACUCCUGCGCCAGGGCGACUACGAGCUCCGGCUGGCCGCUCACCUGACCGACAUCAAACGCCAGAAACAGAUCAUCAUCAGAAACCGGCUCGAGAAGGACCAACAAAUGCAGGAGCGGCGUCAGGAAGAGUACGAGCGGUCCGUGCAGCAGCAGAUGGACCUGCUCGGCCAGAAGCGGAUGGAGCACCAGGAGGAGCUGCUCAAGGAGUCGCAGCUGCACCGGCGCCUGCUGCAGCAGCGCCGAGACCAGAAAAGUCAGCGGCGCUGGCAGCUGGCCGCCGACGUCGUCACAUUCUGUCUCGAUAUGGCCGUGCUCACAGUCGACUACAAGAAUAAGUCGGGAGACAAGGAGGUCCCCGCUCUCCUGCAGAACGACUGGCGGGAGCUGUUUCUGCGCGGUGAGUCGCUGUCCGGCGGCAGAGAGCCGGCCGAGCUGAGCGCCACCAGUGCUCCCGGAGAGAGGCAGCAGGCGCUUCUGCAGCAGCACGACCUGGACGACUACCUGGCCGUCAGCGGGCGGUGGAUCAUCCCCGGCGCCAGCGGCAAGAAGCGCAGUCCCAGCGCCCAGGCGCGCGACGACAUGGCACUGCGAGUCGAGUCGGCCGUGGUGACUGGGUUCGUGGUGCACCGGCUGUUGCGCCUCGUGUACCACCCAAACCGAGCGUCCAGGCCCCUGAACGGCCGACAUUUACCCUAAUGGGAGUGGUGAUGGGCAAGAGCUACGCCGGCAAGACGCACUGCCUGCAGUGGGUACAGUCCUCGCUGGAUGUGCGGCACAUUGUGAUGCACGACCUGGUGAAGCGCUCGCUGGCGACGUUAGAGCAGGAGACGCGGAUGGAGCUGGAGGCGGCAGGCUCAGGCGUGAUGGAGACACUGCGAAUAGCCGACAUCCUCGGACCUGACCAGAGCUGCGAGGACAUGCAGAGGGAGAACUCUGGACAGCCGUCACAGCAGCAGCAGCCGCCACAGGAUGCUGCAGCUGAUGCGCCCGAAGGCGAAGAACAGGAGGUGAGACCAGCCAGCGACGUAACAGCAGGAUCUGAUGGUUUGCCGACAUCGACCGACGCUUCCCGGGAGAAUUCGUCCGGAGAAAAGCCAGCUGUUCAACAGGCUGAAGGGUCUCAGACAAAGCUGAAGGACGCCAAGAGCAAGGAAAGCACACAGGGCUCAGGAAAAUCCGGAGAUGCAGCCAACUCAGCUGAUUCUAAGAAGUCGUCUUACUCAAAUGGCGCAGAGUCCACAGAGGUGCAAAAACAAACCGGUGACGCUGAGAACGGUACCGGAAAGUCAUCCGCUCAGACCAGUGGAGGCCCCACCGAACCGGGCACUCCCCCAUCCAGUGCCGAUCAGCCAGCAUCACCAUCUACCAAGGACAUUACCUCUGGCGAGCAGGACAAGUCGAAGCUGUCGACGGAUGGCGAGGGUGUCAGUGACGAGGACACCAACUCGGCAUCCGAGGACACGGUCGUGUUCGAGUACAGCCGACUGGCGCAGCUGGGACGAGAGGUCAAACAGGCUCUGGAGUGCGGCCAGGAGGUGCACGACCAGACGCUGGCCGGUCUGCUGCUGGAGGCCUGGCGCGAGCUGCCUGACGGAUCCGGCUGGAUCAUCGAGGGCUUCCCCAACACGCUGGCGCAGGCAGAACUGCUGGAGGAGCAGCUGGUCGGCAAGCAGUACGACUCGGAUGAGGAACUAGACGAGGUGGAGAUCGUUGUGACGCCGCUGCCAAAACCUGAGCCUCCUGCGGAACCUGCCACCAAGGAAAAAGGAAAGAAGGAAAAGAAAGAAAAGAAGAGAAGGGUAGCGGAAAGAAAGACAAGAA